GUGCCAAAAUCCCUCUUUUAUCAUAUCCGAAUUCGAACUGAAUCUCAUUCCCCUUUGUGUAAAUUUUCGAGCUCCCGUAUAUUCUCAUCAAAAGAAACGAACGAAGAAAGCAAAGAUACAACCAAGUCGAAAGGAGACCAAGCAAAGGAACUCCUAGCAAAAUACGGAGGCGCGUACUUAGCAACCUCCAUAACCCUUUCUUUGAUAUCCUUUGGGCUAUGCUACUUUCUAGUAAGUUCUGGUGUAGAUGUACCAGCAUUGCUGCACAAGGUCGGGAUCUCAACUGACGAGACGGGUGAAAAGGUCGGGACUUUUGCAUUGGCUUAUGCUGCCCAUAAGGCAGCCUCGCCUAUUAGGUUUCCACCCACUGUGGCUCUUACACCGAUCGUUGCUAGUUGGAUCGGGAAGAAAGCCGAGCAGGAAAAA